AUGAUUUGUAAAACAGUAAAAUUGACAGGAAAUAUAGCUAGAAGAACAUUUUCAUUGUCAAAAUAUGCAACAAACAAAAUUGGAGGAAAAUACACAGUAACAUUGAUUCCGGGUGAUGGAAUUGGAAAAGAGAUAUCAGAAUCAGUAAAAACGAUCUUUAAAGCGCAAAAAGUUCCGGUGGAAUUUGAGCAAAUAGACAUUACAGGACAAAUUAAAGCCGGAGAAAAAAAUGAACUAUUUAAACAAAGUAUUGAGUCUCUCAAAAGAAACAAAGUUGGAUUGAAAGGAAUUUUAUAUACUCCUUCAGAACAAAGUGACCACUUAAGUUUUAAUGUUUCACUGAGGAAAGUGGUUUAUUUAGAUGUCUAUGCAAAUUUAACACUUAUAAAGAAUAUUCCAGGAUACGAAACAGCUCAUAAAAAUGUUGAUUUUGUCAUUAUCCGUGAAAAUACGGAAGGUGAAUACUCUGGCUUAGAACAUCAAUCAGUUCCAGGGGUUGUUGAAUCUCUUAAAAUAAUUACACGCACAAAGUCUGAAAGAAUAUCACGAUUUGCAUUCGACUAUGCUUUGAAGAAUAACAGGAAAAAAGUUACAGUCAUUCAUAAAGCUAAUAUUAUGAAAUUGGGUGAUGGAUUCUUUCGUAAAACAUUUUUCGAAAUUGCAAAGAAUUACCCACAAAUUGAAGCUACCGAUUUGAUUGUUGAUAACGCAAGCAUGCAGGCUGUUAGCAAACCACAGAAAUUCGAUGUUCUUGUUAUGCCUAAUUUAUAUGGAAAUAUUAUGAGUAAUAUUGGUGCAGCUUUAGUGGGCGGCCCAGGUGUUGUACCAUCGGCUAAUUAUGGUGAGGAAUAUGCACUAUUUGAGCCAGGCUGUCGCCACGUUGGUCUUGAUAUUGCUGGAAAAGGUAUGGCGAAUCCAACUGCAUUAAUUCUAUCAUCAACAAUGCUUUUACGCCAUCUUUCCCUGGACGAUCAUGCUAACGCCAUUGAACGUGCUGUCUAUGAUGUUCUCUUAAAAAGCAACGUCAGAACACCUGACAUAAAGGGCACUGCGUCUACUACAUCUUUUACAAACGCUAUUCUUGAUCAAUUAGAACGAUCUUCUUAA